CUAGAAGCGCUCUUUUUUCUCUAUCCUUCUUUGGCUUCUCUCUUCCUCUUGUGGACGUGUUUUCCCUCGUGUGUAGUCAUACCUACCCGUGCGCCAGCUCGAAGAGAGAGAGAGAGCUUUUGGAGCUCGAGACAGUUGGUUCGCUGCACUCGAAGAGGAUCGACAUGACGGAGGAACGCAAGCAGGUCCGCGUCUGGUGCGACGGUUGUUAUGACAUGGUACAUUUUGGCCAUGCAAAUUCGCUGAGGCAGGCCAAGGCCUUGGGCGAUUACUUGGUCGUCGGAGUCCACACGGACGAGGAGAUCACCAAGCACAAGGGACCACCUGUUUUCACCGAAGAAGAGAGGUAUAAGAUGGUCAAAGGUAUCAAAUGGGUGGAUGAAGUUGUCGUGGGGGCACCUUAUGUCACAACAUUGGAGACUUUGGAUAGGUACGAUUGUGAUUUUUGUGUGCACGGAGAUGAUAUCACCAUGACAGCGGAUGGCAUUGAUACCUACCAUUUAGUCAAAAAAGCCGGACGAUAUAGAGAGGUUCAAAGGACAGCUGGGGUGUCGACGACUGAUCUUGUAGGUCGUAUGUUAUUGAUGACUAGACAGCACUUCAGACAGGGUGACAGCGAAUACAGCGUAGAUAGAGAGCCAAGCAAAAGUAUGGGUCAAGACCAAAGUGCACGAAGCCCGUGGACGGGAUGUUCGCAAUUUUUACCAACGACGCAAAAAAUUAUACAAUUCAGUGAUGGUAAAAGUCCACUGCCUGGUGAUAAAGUGGUUUACGUGGAUGGAGCAUUUGAUUUGUUUCACGUUGGGCACUUGGAUUUCUUGGAGGUUGCUAAAAAGGAGGGUGACUACCUGAUUGUCGGUUUACAUACUGAUCCGGCUGUAAAUAGGUACAAAGGCGGAAAUUAUCCUAUUAUGAACCUUCAUGAAAGGGUUUUAAGUGUAUUGGCGUGCAAAUACGUCAAUGAAGUUGUGAUAGGUGCUCCUUAUAAAAUUACCAAAGAAUUGAUGGAACAUUUUAAUGUAAGUGUAAUUUGUCAUGGUAAAAACAAAGUUAUGUUGUGUGAAGAUGGAACGGAUCCCUAUGCAGAACCAAAAAGACAAAACAAGUUCAAAGUAUUAGAUUCAAAUAAUGACAUGACGACAGAAAAAAUCGUCGAAAGGAUAAUAUUACACAGGUUAGAGUAUGAAAAUAGAAAUUUAGAGAAGGAGAAAAAAGAAUCAGCUGCCUACGAAGCUUUCAUCAAAUCGAAAAACGCCGAAAAUGCAUGAACGAUUGCUAACAUUUUACAAAACGCCCUGGAGCCUUCUAUGUAAAUAUUGUGCAAGGACUUUUAAAAUUUGUGCAAACGAGUGAUAUGUGACAGAGUUUUCAUGGUCAUUUUGUGAAUAGGAUGCAAGACUGCUGAUUGAUCUUGAAAUCUUUACUUGACGUUGUAUUAUAAUAGCAUUGAUUCGUCAUAAAAUUAUUGCCUGCGGAUUUAGGAAAAAAAAAAAAUCUAAAUUAACCGUCUCAUGCUACUACAAUGAAUUAAUUAUCCCGUCUGUUUUCAACAAAAAUUCUAUUGAUGUUUGUGGCGUUAAAAUCAGGAUUGUUCCCGUGAAUAUUUUGGUCGCCCAGUGUAAACGUUAAAUCAUGUACUGUUGAUUCUUUCGUAAUGGAUGAAUAUUUUACAAAAACAGAUAAGUUCCAAUGCAAAGUAGGCAUAUCUUUGAUUGCUUUUUUUUUUUAACCUUCACGACAUGCUAUUAUUAAUCUUAGUCCUUAAAAAUGACCAAAGAUUAAUUCAUAAGGUUAAAACACAGCACGCUCGAUUAAAUUUUUAACACUUUGACAAAAAGUUUGGACAGAAAAAAAAAAAAAAAAGUAUCUGAAAUUUCAUUUUAUAUGUGUCAUUUAGUGUAUACAACAUAAAAAAUCUGUUGUGCUUCAUCUGCUAAGCGUCAAAUCGCAUUUUAUUCCUAAGAUUUGUUAAUCUAUAUUUUUAUAAUGUUAUUUAGCUAUUACGUACCGUUGAAUACCCAUAUUGUUGCACAAUCCUUUAAUUUUAGAAAGUAAUUUUUAAUCAUUUACACCGCAAUAUUUGUGAACUAUUAUUGAAAAUCAUUCUUAGUUGUACCUUGUGCCAUUUUAUCAUCAAUUUUUGUCUGAAUUUAAUUUAUUAAAUAAAAUUUAUUUAUAUACCA